AAAUUUGCCUUAUAAUCGUUCUAUGACUCUAUUCAACCAACUCGUUUAAUUUUCGCCACCAUGUCUGAAGGAGGCAAACCGUCACUACGAAUAGAUUGGUUUGAUGGCACUCUUAUCGAAGAUACAUUGCAAAAUACCAUUUCAAGUACUGCAUCUUUCGUUGAUGAAGACCAGCCAGAGCCACAGCCUCCACCCAAGCCCACAUUCAGUGAAAAAAAACCCAUUGGCUUCAAAAGAUUACUUGACUUUUCGACCCUCAAGCCUCCUAUUCUAACCUUAGAGAUUGCUCACAGACCUGGCUUCUGGAACCUGUUAGACGGAGAAUUAAAAGAUGAUUUCAUUGUUCUUAUAGUGAAAAUACUGGCGGCUAUAUACAAAUCGUUAGUGCCAGGCGAAAAAUCGAAAAUAACCUCAAUGUUGAAGACUAGAUUUGAAAAGUCGAAUUUUCUGGAAAUUUUAAAGGAAUACUUAAUUGGUUUACCUAGCAUUAGAAUUGCAGAGAAAUGUAUGAAUAUGCAUCUUUGGAAUGACGUGCAGUUGUUUUAUUCUGAAGUCUAUAUGCUGUGUGAAGGGAUUAUCAAUUACGGUGGCAGUAGUGUAGAGUUUUUAAAAAAUAUUUAUGAUUUAUUGGAGAUUUUGGAGACCAGCGCUGUUGGAGUGAAAGAGGAACAUACUGAAACUAUUAGUGACAACUUUUUUGAACAAAUUCAGGGGCUGAAAUCUAGACUUAUGAAAUUGAUAAAUAAGGACCCCAUAGAUGAAGCUUCCAGUUUAAAGUUAGAGCUACAACCGAAAGAUCCACAUCACUUCAAGAAUCUUUCUAUAUUCCCCUCAAAAGAGGACUUACUUCAAAAGAACAAUAUAAAAAUCAAACCAAAUAUUGUUAAUGGUGCAUACCCAAGUGUCGAACAAUAUUUAGAUGUACAAUUCAAAUUGUUAAGAGAAGACUGUUUUGGACCACUUAGAGAAGGAAUAUGCAAAUAUAUGGAGAAUCCGUCAAAGAGGAGACAUGAAAACAUAAGAGUAUACCCAAGAGUUCGUAUCCUCCGAACGUACAUAUCAAACAACAAAGUUGGUCAUCUAGUGGACAUAGCCUGGAAUGAACGCAUCACCACUGGUCUAGUCGACAAUAAAAAACUGGUCUAUAACAAACAGCUCAUGUUUGGAUCACUUCUACUGUUUACUAGUGAUCAAUUUGAAAAAAUACUUUGUGCCACUGUAUUAGAUUCUGGAAUGAAUUUGCUUAGUGAAGGAUAUAUAGCAGUGUCAUUUCAUAAUGCAGUAUCAAACAAGAUAUUCUCUGAGCCAUACUUAAUGGUGGAAAGUGAAGUAUUCUUUGAACCUUAUCACAGAGUAUUAAAAGUGAUGCAGAGUUCUAGGUUGGAUGAUUUACCUAUGCGCAGAUAUAUUGUGGAUGUCCAGAAAGAAACCCAACCACCGGCCUAUCUAACAGAGGAAACAUUGUACACAAUUCAGGCACCAAAUAAAGAGGAAAUCACUUUUCCGGUACUCUCCAAAGAUUGGCCUCAAGCUUACGAUAUGGAUCAUUCUCAAAUGGACGCAUACACCUUAGCAUUAACUAGAGAAUUCGCUGUCAUACAAGGUCCACCAGGUACAGGAAAGACUUUCAUUGGGAUUAAAAUCGCCACUACAUUGUUAAAGAACUUGUCCCUAGAAGGCACACCCAUGUUGGUAAUAUGUUAUACAAACCAUGCACUAGAUCAGUUCCUUGAGGGAAUCCUCGAAGUUACUAACAAUAUGGUUAGAUUGGGCAGCCAGAGUAAGAGUAAAAUUUUAGAACCUUACAAUUUAAACAAUAUGAGAGGUAGAAUAAAGUCAAAAUACUCUCAUUUGUACGGAAGUAAAAGAUCGGAAUUGGAGAAGAUAGUCAAAUGCAUGAGUGAAAUCCAAACGGAAAUUGAAAAGUGUGAAAAGGAAGUUCUGACAUACAAAAGUGUUAAGAAGUACCUAAAAGGUAACGAGUUGAAGAGUAACAAAGAAGAUCCUAUAUUACCAUGGCUUUUUGAACAUGAAGAAGAUAAAUUCGACAAGCUACUUCAAGAUGAUGAGGAAUCUGAUGAUUGGGAGAAAGUUCCUGAAACAGAAGACGAGGAUUUAAAGUUAGAAACGUGUUUUUCGGAAGAAUGGGCUUUAAAGGAAAUAGAUUCUAUGUAUAAUAGCAUAAAAUAUGUAAAGGAUAUCAACGACGAUCAAUAUGAAGGAGAGAAGAUGACGGAUAGAUUUGAGACGCAAAUCAGGAAAGUUAGAAGUCGAAUGAACUGUUUCAAGAAAAAGAGACCGUUCCUCCAAAAGGAAGACAAUGAAAACAUAGAAGUCAAAGAAGUAAAAGAUUUGUACAGCUUGACACCAGAAGAGAGAUGGAAUGCGUACUUUGCAACUGUGAGAAAGAUCCAAGGUGAACUUAUGACCAGGAUGAACGUUUUGUUGGACCAACAUAACACCUGUAGCCGUGAGCUGGAAGAAGUAUCAACGCUGGUUGACGGUGAAGUGAUGAAAACAGCGCGCGUGGUAGGUGUCACCACCACCACAGCAGCCAGACGUCAUGAGCUCAUGCAACGAUUGCUUUCACCUAUUGUGAUCGUUGAAGAAGCAGCAGAAGUGUUUGAAGCUCACAUAGUAGCCUCUUUGACGAACCACUGCCAGCAUCUCGUACUUAUAGGUGACCAUAAACAAUUACGGCCUACAGCAGCUCACUACAAACUAGCCAAAGAUUACAACUUUGAAAUAUCUCUGUUCGAACGAAUGAUACGUAACGGUAUUCAUGCUCGCACACUGUCCGUUCAAAGAAGAAUGCGACCCAACUUCGUUGAGCUGUUAGUGCCUGCAAUUUAUGAGAGACUGGAUAGUCAUCCUUGGGUGGUCACUUAUCCUGAUGUUCGGGGAAUGAAGGAUAACUUGUAUUUUUAUUGUCAUGAUGUUUUCGAGGAUUCUGAGGGUAUGGAGAACAGUUGGAGUCACAAGAACACGUUAGAGGCGCAGUGGUGUGUAUCCCUUGCAAGCUAUCUGAGACAGAUGAAAUAUCAACCAUCUGAGAUCACCAUUUUGUCCACUUAUACGGGCCAGGCUUCGCUAAUCAAGGAGCUCAGCAAAAAAUACACGCUCCUUCGCGACGUAAAAAUAACCGUAGUCGACAACUAUCAAGGUGAAGAGAACAGGAUCAUCAUAUUGUCCAUGGUGAGAAGUAACAGGGACGGCAAGAUUGGCUUCUUGACGGCCGCUAACAGGAUCUGCGUUGCGCUGUCUAGAGCUAAAGAAGGAUUCUAUAUAUUCGGUAACAUGAAUGUCCUGAAGACAGCCAGCACAAUAUGGAGAUUUAUCUACGACAAAUUAGUGUCACAGAAUGCCAUUGGAAAGAAAUUGACUUUACGGUGCGAUAAACAUCAGGACAAUCUCUUAGAGGUGGAUAACACAGAAGACCUGGACAACAGCCUAAAAGGUUCCUGCCUUAGGGUUUGCGAAAAUAAAUAA